UACAGCCCUCUUCCGCCAUCUUGGGAACAAGGAGAGAUUACCACCCCCAAUAUUUAUUAGCAAGGUGUCACAAGAACAUUACACGGGAAUAAGGGUCAAUCACCUGGCCCUGUUGAUACUUUUGGACAGAUUUUGUCUGUGCAAUUGCAACAAUGUCGGGCCAGAGCAUCAUGGACCGCGUUCAGGCGGCUAGGCAUAGCAUUGCCGGUCAGGGGUUGGCAAAAUCCGUCUGCAAAGCCACGACAGAAGAAAUCAUUGGACCAAAGAAAAAGCAUCUUGAUUAUUUGUUACAAUGCACGAACGAACCAAACGUGUCGAUCCCCCAACUGGCCGACCUCCUGAUAGAGCGAACUCAACAUGCAAACUGGAUCGUGGUCUACAAGUCUCUCAUCACAAUCCACAAUCUCAUGAACUAUGGCAACGAGAGAUUUACCCAGUACCUGGCUUCAAACAACUGCACGUUCAACCUUGGCAGUUUCCAUGACAAGGCGGGCAUGCAAGGUGAGGGAAUGGUUUCUGUUACGGGAUACGACAUGUCGACAUACAUCAGAAGAUAUGCUAAAUAUUUAAAUGAGAAGGCCACUUCCUACAGACAGAUGGCCUUUGAUUUUUGUAAAGUAAAGCGUGGGAAAGAUGAUGGACUACUCAGAACUAUGAACUCAGAAAAGCUCCUGAAAGCGCUGCCAGUCCUUCAGAGUCAGUUGAAUGCACUUAUAGAAUUUGACUGUACGCCAAACGAGCUGACAAAUGGUGUGAUUAACGCGUGUUUCAUGUUGCUCUUCAAAGACCUCAUACGACUGUUUGCAUGCUACAAUGACGGAAUCAUCAAUCUUUUAGAAAAAUAUUUUGACAUGAACAAGAAGCAGUGUAAAGAAGGCCUCGACAUUUACAAAAAGUUUUUAGUCAGCAUGGACAAAGUGUCUGAAUUCCUCAAAGUUGCUGAGAAUGUUGGUAUCGACAGAGGGGAUAUUCCUGAUCUGGCCAAGGGAAUGAGGAACAAUACGAAAAGUGCUCCAGCAAGUCUCCUCGAUGCCCUAGAGCAACAUCUCCUGUCUCUGGAGGGAAAGAAGGGAUCUGUCACCACCACCACUGCCACCCCCAAACCAGCAGGGUUUGCCUCUGCACUGUCAACUAUCUCCAACAACAGCUCAGCGUUAAAUGUAAGCGAGGAUGAAAAGAAGCGGAUCCUAGAUGAGGAGAACCAACGCCUACACCAGCUGAAGGUAGAACAGCGAAUGAAGGAACUACAGUCAACUUCCACUACCACGCCAACCUCAUCGCCGACCACCCAGUCAAACCCAUUCACAGCAGGGACAGCGACGACCAGAUCAGUGGACUUGUUUGGGCCCAAUUCCCCGACAGCAUCGUCCACUCCUGCAACCAAUGGGAAACCAAGCGAUGACUUGCUCAGCCUCAAUGCCAACCCAUUUGCACAGAACGUAGAGAGUGUAAUGGCUACAGCGUAUGGCGGACAACAGCAGCAGCAGCAGCAGCAGCAGCAACAAAACAACCCUUUUGCAGUGAACACAGGCUGGAAUACCAACAACACAGCCAAUUUUGGCAAUGAAGUUGACUUUGCAAAAGCAUUCAACAACACCAAUACCCCAGCACAAGCAGGCCUGGAGACCCACCCACUCCCGGCUCUGGACACCACGGCACCACCAGCUGGGGCUGACCUUGGUUCUCCCCUUGACCCUCUGGAUCCAUCGCGUCACACCUCGGGAGCUACGGAACCUGCGUCCUUUGGCCUGGGAGGACUAGAUAUGUCUGGGGCACCAGACCUGCAGACUGGCUCUAUGGGGAUGCCCAUGGAGGCCCCAGGGGGUCCCGGUCAAACAAUAGGGAUUGGCAUGACUACUGGAAGAGGCCCUAGUCCAGUAAUGGGGAUGGGGAUGAACCCUACUGGGUCUCCUCUUCCAGUGAGGAUGAACAUGGGGAUCGGGAGAUCCUUCUCAGGGGAUGGGCCAGGGGAUGGGGAUGGGGAUGGGAAUGGGGACCCAAGCCAGAUGGUAGGUCUUGGUGGCCCGGCACUGUCUCCUGGGCCUGUGCGACGCGGUGUCAGUCCCACAGGUUUUGCUACAGGCGAGUGUGGCCUGUCACCCGCCUCUCCUAGCCCAGCACACCUCCCUCGAAGCACCACCCCCACCUAUCUGGAAACAGCUGGUUCAGUGGGGCGCACCAGCCCUGCCCUCGGACUAUCUGACACCAGCGGUUUUGAUGCAUUUGGCGAGGUCCUCCAGCCACACAACAAGCCUAACCAAUCAGACAGUAAUCAAAAGAAAACCGACUCAACCAAGCUCCUGGCAGGGGAUCUUGACAGCAGCCUCUCCACACUCGCAGGCAACCUCCACAUCGGGGGCCCGGCACAGCAGGUCAAGAAAGCUGAGCAUCAAUGGCAGCCGAAAGGAGAGCAGAAGCUGACUGGGGGUACCAAUUGGCAGAUGACGUCUGCAAUGGCAUCCACCACUUGGAACCAGCCAGGGAUUGGUCAGCAACCAAUGAACCAACCACCUAUGAGCCAGCCAAUGGGACAGCAGUUUCAGCAGCCAAUGAUGGGAGCACCUCCUAUGGGCUAUGGGCAGCCUGGAAUGGGUCAAGGUCAACCCAUGAUGGGCAUGGGCCAGCAGCCACAGAUGAUGGGUAUGAACAUGGGCAUGGGACAGAGGCCACCGAUGUAUGGGACCGGGAUGCAGCCAAUAGGAUUUCAGCAGCCACGCCCACCCAUGCCACAAUCCAACAAUAUGAAUGAUCCAUUCGGGGCAUUGUGAGGCCCAGCUUGCUUGUCUCAAGGUUGACAACAGACCAGAAGAUGAACAUAUUUGUUGUACAAAUGACAUAGACUGUGAACUUGUGUACAUAUUGGUGGAUGUUGCAAAGAUAAUAUCCUUGGCCUACUAUGACUAUCUCAUGUAGUGUGACGGCCUAGCAGUGUACACUAGAUGGCUCGGAGUCCUGGCCCCACCCCUCUUUGCCCAACAUAGUGUACAGUUAUGAGGAUAUAUUGUAUAGGUAGGCGGGUAACUAGUCAACAUUUGAGGCAUCGUCAACUGUGGUAUCUGUGACUCACUCUACACGUUUUUUACUAGGGGUGUCAUGAUACGCUUGCAGAACAGACAACAUCUAACGCAACAUUCAGCUUCAGACAUGUAGCCAUUAUGUUUACCUCAUUAUACAAUGUGAACUGACAACAUGAAGCUUUCGUGCACACAUUUGGACUGUCAAGCUAUAAUUAUUCCAUUCAUAGUUACUACAGAGCUAUUUCAAAUCUUGAUGUAACAUAUGGUCAAUUUUGUGUGAUUGUCUGCUGUUUUACCAUCCGUCUCAUGUUGCUUUUCACUGUGGUACUUUUGAUUCUUCACAAAUAUCAAGUAUCAAUAUACAAGGAAAGAUGUGUGUUCUGGGAACUGUACAGCCAUGACACCCCUAUAUUUUAUGCACGGUACAUUCACUAGCCAAGCAGCACAACAAGAUGUAGACAAAACCUGUAAGUGUAAAUGUUGGUUAUAGUGUAAUGACCAGUUCAGGGAAUCUGAAUGUUUUUACAUUGAGAUAUUAAUUACUUUCUGCAGUGAAAAUUUUAAGAUCUCUUUUGCUGUAAUGCAAACAGUUCGAACUUUUGGAAACUUUUCCACAAUAUCAAUGCCAAAUAUAACACUUUGUUGCACAGUUGAGUUACCUAACAUAACACAUGUGUAGUACAUAAAAAGUCGAAAAGUCAUCCUUUCAUGCACAGUUUAUCAAAACUUAUCAUUAAUCAAAGAUGGCAAUUAUAUGAAUUUCUGUGUGUAUAUAUAUUAAUAUAUAUGUUUACAUGUAUAGAGGCUGCCGAAACAAAACUGUCAGUACUUAUAUGUUUAAAUGAUGGACUAGCUCUGUUGUGCUUAGGAGUUGUCUCCCUGUUCCUGCUAUACAGUAAGCUACAAAGGAGAAGCGGACCUUCAGGCAAGGCACCAUGGAGGGGAUGUGUGAGAUAUGUCAUGUGUUUUUCAGUGUCAGCUGUGAAAUUACCACGUGCUCCCCAGCCGUGUGUUCAGCAGCCAAGCGAUGGUUCAUAACAUCCUAUGUAACCAGGUGUCUAGUGAACAUGUGUACCAUCGCUGUGGCGACACAUGUACCAACAUUGAACCAACAUGUGUCAGUCAGCACUAUCUGCAGGAGGUAUACACAAAUAUACAUAGGCUAAACUAUUCAAUUGUUCAAUUCAGAUUCAUUUAUCAUCACAUGAAUGAACAGAUGUCACCAGUAUCAGCCUUGGGUUGUUGAGGCCACACGAGUUGAUUGAUUUAAUCACCCUGAAAAUGUUUUUCAUUAUCUAUAAGGAUGUUUGGGUUAAAAUCAAAGGACUUCAUCAGGCCAGCAGAAGACAUUCACUAGUCCUGUGUCCUACUGAAUGAGGGGUUUUGUCAUUGGUUAUCAUGCAGACUCCAUAAAACUGAUCAUUGACAUGGGAAGUUCCUGCAUCACCACCAUGCAAACUCCAUGCACUCUUUAUUGCCUCGGUCAUUGUAAGGAGUUAUCAUGUCACUGGUCAUAUGCAGGCUCCAUACACUGAUCAUUGCCUCUGUUGAUAUGAGGAGUUCUUGUAUUACUUGUAUGCAAGCUCCACUUGCUUCUGUUCAUGUUUCUGUAUCACGGUUGUUUUAAGCAAUAGUUCAGUUACACAGCUUUUGCUUUUUUGUAAAAUAUAUUUUAAAAUAUGAAAUAAACUGCAUGAUUUUGUUAAUUUUAUUUUAGUCAUAAAUACUGCAGAUCUGCCCGAGUUAGAGCAGUGACCAUAUACAGAUAUGUUUGUGGCCAAUGUAGAAUGAACUCUAUCCAGAGUUAUGUAAAUAUGUCAUUUUGAGAUUAUUGUAUAAUACUGUAAACCAAUAAAAUGAGAGGACCCUGUCUUAGGCCAGAUGAUUAUGACAGAAAUCUAGCUACUUCAAGUCACAUGAAGAUAUCCAUGCUUGUAUAAGCAUGGAUAAAGGGUUGUGAGUAACUCAUAUAAGAUAUUCUCAAAGAUUUAAAUUAUCAAAGAUAUUAAUCAUAAUGUAACUGCUCUAUCAUAUACUUGACUUAAUUGAUACCAAUUAUUAUUUUUUAAUUUUAUCAAAUACCUGUCAGGUGUGUUAAGGAGAAUAGUGUCAAAGAUUACUAUAUAUAAUGUAUGUGGUACAGAACAGCUACUCUCAUUCUACAUGACUAGUUAGCCAGAGUAUUGUGAAUGCUACCAACUACUUACACGGCCAGCGAAUCAGGGCACCUGUUCUCCUUGCAGGAUCAUUAUGUUGUUUUUGUUGUUAUUACACUGUUUCUCCUCUGUGAUUGUUAGAAGGGACGUUUUGCCUGCUGUUAAUGUAUGCUUGUUCCAGUCAUCAGAAUGUCAGUUGUUAUUCAUGCACAGAGUAACUGAAGGAAGUGUAAUUUAUGAAAAAACACUGUAGUGACGGCACACACAGCACCAUCUCCUAUGUAGUGGUUGCAGUAUGGAUAUAUACCGCUCAACAUUUGACAAGGACAGAAGACUUUUGUCAAAGGUGUAGUCCUUAGCAAAUUUUGAGUAUAUAAUAUACAUAAGUAUUGUAUUGUGUAGUUUUGCUAAAACUGAAUUUGUUUUAGAUAUUUAUGCGAAGAUAUUUCAUCAGAACCAAUAUAUAGUUCAUGAAUUUUUAUGAUCAGCUGAAGGUUUGAUCAAUCUGUAUGCCAUACAGUGAUGGAUAUAUAUAUAUAUAUGUAUGGAUAAGUUCAUGUUAAACCUACAGAUAAUGUUUCCAGCGUAAAGAUUUAGUAGUAAAGCCCUGUAUUCUUCACUUGUGAGGCCUGUUAACUGUUGUAUUUUGCAUAUGGUGCCACUCAAGCGUAGUGUUGUGUGUGUCUGCUACACUUUCUAUGUCAUAAAUUAUCUACAAUAAUACUAAUAUCAGCUCCUAUUUAACAAUCAUGAGUUAGGGUACUUCUUGUACUAGUUAAAUAGAAGAUCAUAUCAUAGUUACAUAUGGCAAGGGUGAUUCAUGGAGGCACAUUGUUGUUAUUGUCUGUCUACACCAGAUUGUGGUAUCCUGGAUUGUCUUAGAGUAUCAGUGCAUGGCAGAGAUUCCACUAGGCAUUACUCUAGGGCAUUAGCUUGCUUAAUGUCAUUUGUUUCAUGUAACUAUCGGUCUCAGGGAUGACCUGACUAUGUUUUGAUCUUUAAGACUGUUGAAGAUGUCGAUGACCUGAUCUAUUGUAUAACCAUUUCAUAUCUCUGGAAUUCUGAAAUCUCAAUAAAAUCAGAUCGUUGUGCUCAUUCUAGCUACUGGAGCAGUAGGGAGCACUAAGAUCUGACUUUAUUGAGACUGCUGUAUGCUGUUGAUUCACAGGACAUGUCGUCCUUUUCUUUGUUCUUACUUCAGUGCGGUUUGUCCAUUCAGGAGAAACGUGGUAAGCAUAUCAUGGCCACAGGUUGGAACGGUUUUGAUAGACAAUCCACUGUGGAGCUUCUAUUUAUGGUAGAAAUUAUUGAGCUGAAUGCUGAAAUACUUCAUCGCUUGGCCAAGGAUGUAAUAUAUCUGCAUUGUAAAUGUCAUUGAACAUGUAGACAACCUUUCUAUCGGACAUUUAUAAAAGCUUAUGCUGUCUUCUUGUUGGAAGACAUACUGGAAAAUUAUUCUCAAUAGUCUUUGAACCUUCAUAGAAAUUGUUGGGAAUUUGCGUUUUGUAAAUUUUUCACAGAAAUCAGUCUUCACUAGUACUUGAUGUCCUAGGACUGUUCUUUGUAUAUUUAAUAAUAUAUGCCUUGGGUCCAUUAGCACAGCUCCAAUGUGUUCAGACCAUCAAGGUCAUUAAUUAUUCUGAACAUCACCUACAUGAUGCUGAUGCAGUAUUACCAGUCUCAAGUUCAGGAAAUAGUCCUACAAUUGGCCCAGUAGGCCCAAGGUGUAUUAGUACUUAAUGUCCUAGUAGCUUCUCAUGCUCCUGCUUGAUAUUGUGUAAGAAUCAGCUGUGGAGUUAGCCAGUGCUGCUUUAACUGUAAAUCUCCAGAAUGCUCUGGUUCAGUCUACAAGCCACCGGAGGACCUGGGUCCUACAUAACAUUAGAGUAAUCACCCUUAGUCCAUCGUCCUCAUUGGUAGCAUGGAGUUACCUCCCUUGUAUGAUGCUCCGGCAUUCUGCAAUGGCGGUGUCACUUGUCACUGUGUAUGUGUGAUUACCAUUAUUAUAUGGCAGAGCAGAAGGUAUAGAGCAUCUGUAGGCAACUAUGUCACAACAGGUGAAAAUAAAUAUAUAAGAAAUA